AUGAGAGGUAUCCGCCCCAUGCCCCCCAAGAAGCGAUAUCGCGAUUCCGAGGAUUCCCAAACAACUGCAGUUUCCUCGCUUUCCGAGUACCAAGCUGAUUGGGUUCCUGCUUCCCCUCAUGCUAACGAUCGUCGUGACGUUGCGACCCAAACCACUCUGCUUGACGUCCUUAAUAUGAAUCCUAGUGCGACUUCCCGGCAGCCAGGACUUCCUUCCUUGAGAAUUUCGUUCAUAAUGACGACCCAUGUACAAAUCUUACCUCGUAGGCCUCUGGGAGGUUAA